UGUACCCACGUGUUGCUGAUGUCUAAAUGUUCAGGCGUGACGCGUCUGGCCUGGCUUUACGCACACAGGUUUCUAACUGCCCGUCCUGGUCUCCGCAGUCCUGUCUUACUGCAGCCGAUCUCAGGUGUAUCUAAAUCAUUCCACAGUGCCUUAAAAACAAUGGAAUCCAUAGAAAUGACGACUAUCUCACUGAAACGACCUCUGUCCUGUGAGGAAUUAACUGGUGCAGAUGAAAUUAAGAGGCAAAAAGUGUCUGAAAUUUCUCUUCACGAGGAAGCACUCAAAAAGCCACAUGAUUUAGAGGUGAAACAAAGGACUGAGACUGAAAAAGCCAUAGAUUUGGAGGUUAUGGUUAGUGCACCUGUUGAUAAGGUUGAAGAGGUGGUAAGUGAUGGAGAGGGGGAGCUUCUUGACGAUGUGUCUGAAGAUGGCGAAUCAGAAAGCUUUGCUGAUAUGAUGAAACAUGGACUGAGUGAACAUGAUGUUGGCAUAAUUAAAUUUGUGAGCUCCCAUGAAGGAUUUUCUGGUAUUUUGAAGGAGAGGUAUUCUGACUUUGUAGUUCACGAAAUAGGAAAAGAUGGCAGGAUCAUACAUUUAAAUGACUUAUCGGUGCCAACAGAUAACGAGGAUCCUUCAGAAGACAGCUUCACCGUUCUUUCAGAUGAGGACAAGAAGCGUUUGGAAGAACUUCAGCUGUUUAAGAAUAAAGAAGAACAUGUAGCUAUGGAGGUUAUUGAUGAUACCAGAGAGAAGAGAAAGUCAAUUCACCUGGCUGUUAAGGGUUUGUUUCCGGGACUGGAAACCAAGACAGAAAUGCGAGAAGGGAAGAAUUUUAUUAUUGCUUACCAUGUAGCUGGCAAAAAAGCCUUAGCAAAUGCACGAAAACAUUCCUGGCCCAAAUCCAGAGGGAGCUUCUGCCAUUUUGUGUUAUACAAGGAAAACAAAGACACCAUGGAAGCCAUCAAUGUGCUUUCCAAGUUCUUAAGACUAAAGCCAAAUAAAUUUUCCUACAUGGGGACCAAAGAUAAAAGGGCUAUCACAGUUCAAGAAAUUGCUGUUUUCAGGAUUACAGCGCAAAGAUUAUCUCAUCUUAACAACUGUUUAAUGAACUUCAAGCUGGGAAACUUCAGCUACCAGAAUAAUCCACUGAAAUUAGGUGAACUUCAAGGCAAUCAUUUCACUGUUGUUAUAAGAAAUAUCACUGGCACAACUGAACAGGUGGAGCAAGCCAUGAACUCUCUCAGGGACAUUGGUUUUAUAAAUUAUUAUGGAAUGCAGAGAUUUGGAACCACUGCUGUCCCAACCUACCUAGUAGGAAAGGCGAUCCUUCAGGACAACUGGAAUGAAAUGGUAGAUCUAAUACUGAAACCAAGACCAGGAGCUGAAAAGGGUUAUCUAGUACAAUGCAGAGAGGAAUGGGCGAAAACUAAGGACCCUGAUGCUGCACUUCGGAAACUACCUGUCAAACGAUGUGUAGAAGGUCAGCUCCUUCGAGGACUUUCAAAGUACGGCCUGAAAAACAUUGUUUCUGCAUUUGGCAUAAUUCCUAGGAACAAUCGCUUGAUGUAUAUUCACAGUUAUCAGAGUUAUAUAUGGAAUAACAUUGUGAGCAAAAGAAUUGAAGAGUAUGGACUUAAAGUUGUCCCUGGAGAUCUAGUUCUCAAAGGAGCCACCGCUGUUGUAGUAGAAGAAGCAGAUGUUGCCAGCUAUACUAUCAAUGACGUAGUGAUGCCCUUGCCAGGUUUUGAUGUGAUCUACCCUAAACACAAAAUUGCUCAGGCCUAUGAAGAAAUGCUUGCUGCUGACAAUCUUGAUAUUAAAAAUAUGAGGCAUAGAAUAAGAGAUUACUCUUUAGCAGGAGCCUACAGGAAGAUUGUAAUUCAACCACAAGAUGUCACUUGGGAAGUUAUUGCAUAUGAUGACACAAAAAUACCUUUAGUUGAAACUGAUGUGGACAAGCUGGAAGGGAAACCGCAACCUGUGUUUAAUAAAGAGGGAAAGUACAGAGCUCUGAAGAUGGAAUUUUCUUUACCUCCUUCCACAUAUGCUACAAUGGCUAUAAGGGAGGUUCUUAAAAUGGACACCAGUAUCAAGAACCAAACCCAGCUAAACACUGUGUGGUUGCGCUGAGAUGGUUGUGCAACCUUUGCCAUUUUUGUUUUUUAGCAGCUGCUUUUUCUAUAUAUCUAAUUUUAUCUUGCAACAUUGACUUUAUUUGCCCUUUGGAAAGCAUAACAGACUGUGUAUCAGUUGUGUAUUUUUUGUUGUUGUUGGUUUUAAAUUGUGUAAAAUAUUACACAUCUGUAAAUAACAAUUGUCACAAAUCAAGUAACGGGCAGAUGCUCGGAAUGGUGUGAUGCUUUGUCCAUGUGUAACCUGCUUCUUUCGGGGGCUACAAGAAUAAAGUUUUGGACUGUUUGGUUAAAAGGUGUUUAGUAUACCUUUUAAUUAGAUCAAUCACUUGCCUUUUUAUAGUGGACAAGGGCUAGUUAAUUCAUAUCAAUGAUUGACAGGAUAUAAAAAAUGUAUCGAUGUAUCAGUGCUUGGAUCAUUUUUUCAUUAAUUUGCUGCCCUGUUAACGCUAUAGUUUUCGGUUCCAAACAGCAAAAUUGCUUAUAUUAGUUCUACUUUACAUUACAGGGCUCUUAUAUUUUAAGAGCACUUUUUUUUAAUCCAUAAAUUUACAUUGUGAUAAUCUAUCAUCUCAGGGGUAAAAAAAAAAAAAAACCUACUUUGAGUAACCUUUUAA